CCCCUUCACCCUCCUGUCCGGGUACCCCGCAGCCAACAUGGCGGCUCCCUGUGUGUCCUGCGGCGCAGCCGCUUCCUACCGGCUCUUUCUUGCGGGUAGGGUUGGCUUUGCCCGGAGACAAGGCCUCUGGAAAGCCGUGGCUGCUGAGUUGCAGACAAGUACCCAGUGCCAGAUAUUAAGGCUAAGACACACCACAGCUGUGACAACAAAGAAAAAUGUUGCAGCCUUAAGACGUGAAACUUACACAAUGGAUUUUAUUAAAAAGCAGAUUGAAGAAUUCAACUUAGGAAAGAGACACUUAGCCAACAUGAUGGGAGAAGAUCCAGAAACUUUUACCCAAGAGGAUAUUGAUAGAGCCAUCACUUACCUGUUCCCCAGUGGUCUGUUUGAGAAGCGAGCCAGGCCGAUAAUGAAGCAUCCUGAAGAGAUUUUUCCAAAACAAAGAGUGGUCCAGUGGGGAGAAGAUGGCCGCCCAUUUCAUUUUCUUUUUUAUACUGGCAAGCAAUCGUAUUAUUCAUUAAUGCACGAAGCAUAUGGAAAGCUACUAGAUGUAGAAAAACAUCAAAACCAGUUGAAAGCCAAAGGUCUGUUUUCAGAAAAAACUAAAACCAAAGAUCCGAUUGGCAGCAGAUGGCUGAUUAAGGAGGAACUGGAAGAGAUGGUAGUGGAAAAACUGUCAGAUCAAGAUUACGCACAGUUCAUUCGGCUGCUGGAAAGGUUGUUGGCACUGCCGUGCAGGGAGGCUGAGGAAGAGUUCGUGAGCAGGUUCCGCAGGAGCGUGACCGUGCCGUCCAGGAGACAGCUGAUGGAGCCGCUGCAGCACACCGAGCAGGGCACGGCCUUCAGCACCGGCGCAGGUAAAAGGAAGAGCGCGAGGGCGGACGUGGUCGUGUAUGGAAGCGGAAGCGGGGAGAUCCGCGUGAACGGGGUCGACUACCUGUUCUACUUCCCAGUGAUGCAGGACAGGGUGCAGCUGAUGUUCCCGUUCCAGUUCCUCGGCCGCCUCGGCGACCACGACGUGACCUGCACGGUGUCGGGCGGCGGGCGGUCGGCGCAGGCUGGGGCCAUCCGCCUGGCGCUGGCGAGGGCCCUGUGCAGCUUUGCCACUGAGGACGAGGUCGAGUGGAUGAGACAAGCUGGACUGCUGACCGCCGACCCGCGGGUCAGAGAACGGAAGAAGCCGGGCCAGGAGGGAGCCCGCAGGAAGUUCACCUGGAAGAAGCGCUGAGCAUCCCCGCGCGGAGCGCAGCUGGCUCCGGGAGACGCUCCCGGGAGACGCGGGCCCGGGCGUCGGGGGUGUGGGGCAAUUCAUUCCAAAUGCUGCUUUGUAGAGGUUACCUUUUAAUAAUGUUUUAAAAUAUUU